GUACGGCAGCUGCAGUGCGGUCGUUCGCCGCCCCCGGGAAGGAUCCACAACGACAGCCAUUGGCAUCAGCUAGCUGGCAGAUUGAAUGGCGCCAGGAUGGCGCCCCACAUUUAUAGCUAAGUAGGCUUGGCUGGGGUGGUCAUUUUGCGGCAGCCAUGCGCCCAGGCAGCUCUGGAGUCCGAGCUCCCAUAUGCUGCCUAACGAGCCUGCUCCAGGGAUGUUAUAAGUUGUGGCGGGGCUUUCAUUGAAACAAGCUUCUUUCCUUCAUGGUCUCAAUGGCGGCCGGCGAGCAUGAUCUAUCAAGGUAUUCAAAAGAGAAGCAGGUGUAGAGAGAGCACAUAGUUUCUGUUUAAGCAGUAGGUCAGUAGGAUAAGCAGAUAGCUCAAAACCUGGGAACGUGUUGUCAAGCUUGCAUACUUGCAAAUUUGAUCCUUGGAUGGCAGGUGUUGGACCAGGUUCUUCAGGCAGGGGCAAUGGCCGCCCUCAGAAUUCUGGGCGUCAACCUGGACUGACAAGCAUUGACGACCAAGAUGCGUCAAUCGCAGAGCUGCAAGAACUGUACGCAAACCUGCGGGAGCAUUCUCGGACGUACCAGGGGGCAGAGCUCGGUGGCGCAUCGCCAUCUGCCCCCGUCCACUCUUCUCGUUCCGGCGCUGGCGCGGCACGCAGCGAUGAGAACAGCGUGGGGGAGAGUCUGGAGGAGGGGAUUGAGGACAAGAAAAAGAAGCUACCAAAGGACCAGGUCAAGGAGUUGGAGGCAAUGUUUCAGUCGGGGUAUACGGGGGCUCCAGAGGGCCGGAGUGCCAUUGGCAAGAAAAUGUGCAUAACAGAGCGCCAGGUGGCGAUCUGGUUUCAGAACCGGCGGGCGCGCCAACGGAGCAAGCAGCUGGGGAAUGACUUUGAGAUGCUCAAGAAAGACUUCCGAAUGGUCUUCCUCGAGAACCAGGUCAUGCGCAAAGAGUUGGCUGAGCUGCGGGCUCGAGUCGCCGAAACCGACCCCUCCGGUCUGCUCCAAGCGCAGCCGCCCUUAGAAAUGGCCGCUCCGGCCGCGCCUGCGUACUCCGACUUUCGAAUCCCAAGCCCCGGCAAGCGUACCAGUUUAGAUCGACCGCAUCACCCAGGGGGAGAGGGACUGCGGGAGCGGCAAAGUUUAGAUGACGUCGAGUAUCUUCCCCGGUUGAAGCGAGCGAGGCUGUAUCAGUCGGAAGGGGGUCCGUUCCCCGGGGGUAACUUCGGCCACCCAAACCGGAGUCUCGAACCCGAGCCCGGAGGUUUGAACCGGCAACCAUCCAGCGGGCUACUAGACGCUGUGGUCGCACAGGCGAAUGUGUCGCCAUUGCCGGGAAGUGGAGGUCUGGAUUUUUUAGAUGAGAGAGAGGCUCGACAAGACCUGGACGCGGCAUUGCUCGGGCCGGGUCACGAAGGGCGGUUAGAGCUUGGGUUACGGGGUAACAACACGGGGUGGGCCCCGCAAAGGCAGUUUUUUGACGUGCUCGGAAACGCCGGGGAGCGAGGGGAUGAGUUAGAAGAUGACCAAAUAGAGCCUCCGCGCAGAGAUCGAGACCCGGAUGGCUGGUAACACUAUGUGAACUUGGCAGCAACAAGCGCGGCUCUUACAAGGGCCGAACGUCCAUUCGGAUAGCGCAUUCAAGCAAAUAAUCAGCUAGAGCAACAUCUGCAUAUUUCAGCUUGCUGUACAGUAAACAGGGAUGUUCAGCUUCGUGCCUUUAGGACUUGCAUGAUGAGCAUUGAUCGACAGCUAGGAGUUGCUUUUAAAGCUGGGCGACAUUAGUUUUAUUUGGGCUGCAAGGUAACUUUGACAUUGACAAGAAUUUAGCGCU